AGAAUCAAAUUGCAGCAAUAAUCUUUUUAAUUGAAAUAGUGCCACCUAUAGGGUCUGAUUUUCACUGCUAAAUAUUCCCACCCACAAACUCUGUUCCAUUUACAAGGCAGGUCAAAAUUGUUGAUGUACAAAAUACUGCAUUAAUGAAGCUAUAAAACAGUUGGGAUGGAUUUAUACCAAGCCUUAUAUAUGAUCUUUAUAAUUACUCAUCUAAACCUACACAAAUCUACACUGACCAGCCAAACAAUAAAACAGGUGAAUGGUUUUAAUUUCCCACUGCAUCAGCAGGUGUUUGACUCUGUUCAGCACUGAGGUCACAGAGGAUUAAUGCAAGUUAAUAAAAGGGUUAUUUUUCCCCUUCACAUACUGCACUUAGCAAAGUCUGAUUCUUCACCCAUUCAGGAAACCUUUUUUUGCUAAUUAAAACACGCUCUCAAUUAAGAUGUUUUAUUUUCACAGGGUUUAGACGGGAAAAAAACUGUACAGCUGCUUUGUGUCGUUCUGUUCAAAUUGCAGACUGAAUAAGGAAAGAAGAGCAGGGUCCUUUCAGCUGCUCCCAUUAGAGAGAGUGUUUGACUGCGUGCAAAUUUAAUGUGCAAUUUAAGAGCUGCGGUAACAACCUUCAACAAAUUGACCCUUUAUGUGUUACAAAAUUGCCCACCAACUGUUGUUGUACCUGGUUAGAGGUGGAUGCUGGGAAAUUUCAAUUGCCUACUUUGACAUCUGUCGUGAAGAUUUUCAUCCCUGCACGACCAGGAAGCUGAUUUUAUUCCAUUUAUUAAUGAAAACAAAUUCAGUUGACAGGAUGCAUUUACUUUUUACUUUUUACUGUUCAACAUCAAAAAUAUAACCUGUUACAGGACAGACUAUUCUAUCUGUCAUUCAGUAUUCCUCUCUAACUCUGUUAUUUUAGUCAUAUGUCAUGUAAAAGUGAGUUAGUUGUUGAAUAAAAAAUGAACUUGAUAGGCGUAGCGUUUUAUGAUUUAUGUGGGAAAAAUAACAAAACAAAAAUAAUUUGGCAGUGGAGCAUCGGUUCCAACAAAUGCAGCUUAUUUAUUCAUAGAUGUCCCUUCAUUUCCAUAUAAAUGUGCGUGGCCUCUUAGAGGUUUGUUUGUGUUGCGGCUCCACUCAGUGAAAGCAAACAAAAAUCUAAUUUCUUGGCAGUGAUUUCUUUGUCUCCCGGAGCCAGCAUGUGGCUAUUAUUUCACCUCGUGAGAUAUUCUUUCAGUGUCUCCGUAUCUGAUUUCCCACACACUUGUCACAGAUUGAGGUUUGUAUGUAUGUAUUAACAACACUACUUCACAGCUGUCACUGUGUUUCCACUCCCAGGUGCCAGUGUGCAUCACUUUUGUAAAGAAAGACAAAAUGUUGCACUUCAGUACCAGAUGCUUUUCGCCCUCUUCACUGCAGAACUUGAGCAGUGAAUAACAAUAAGUUGUUUAUUGAGUUAUUGUACCCAGCGGCAGUGGCCUGUGAAGAGAUUAUCAUUGCCACCGUGGAGCUCAUUGGUACUCACAGGGUGUUCUUCAGUUUGGUGUUAUCAGAAUUAAAGAGGGCGUCGGGGAAAAGUUUUCUUUUUAAGGAUUAAAUAACAAAUCGAUGAGAAAAACAAUGAAUGUCACCCUGGACAGAGAACAACUGCAGACAAAAACGCACUUUAGCCUCACGAAACAUUUGAUUAACAAUCGCAAUUUCUCACAUUGACUAUGAUGAAAUAGCCAAUUAAAAUGGCCUUCGGUCAAGGCUUGUCCACAUUUUUUAACAAAACACAGAAAACAACAACAACAUUCAUUAGUUCAUCUUCUACCACUAGAGGGGCGAGCUGGAGCCAAUCCUAGCUGUCGUUUGGCUGGACAGUUCAACAGCCUAUCCUGUGUGAGUUUGAAGAGUGGGAGGAGUUAUCAUUUAGUGCUCAAACUGGGGCUCAUUUUACUGUAAGGCAGUGGUUCUUAAUUAUUUUCUGUCAUGUCCCCCCCCUUGAGGACAGACACCCACAGCUAUAUCACGGAAAUGCUGUAGAAUCUCACAGCAAGAUUAGAUUUUUAACAGAUGCUGUUCAAAAAUCUCGCGGAAAGUGAAAAAAAAAAAAAAAUUACACGGCAUAAUUAUCACUGUUUCCCCUCAUCAGACAGUUUUAGGAGUCUGUUGAAAAAGACUCCACUGAACCACUGACAGUUUGGUCUUUGGAAAUGAUCGUUAGUAGAAUAGAAUAGAAUAGAAUAGAAUAGAAUAGAAUAGAAUAGAAUAGUCUUCUGCCAAAAUCACAGCCCAAACUAGUACAUUUCAAACAAACAGAAAGUCCUUCUUAGAGAACUUAAAUAUAAUUCAAUUAAAAUAUGAUAAAGUUAAAUAUUUUUUUAUAAUUUGAUUUGGAGUCUGAUGAUUUAUCAUUACAUGUUUAGCUCAUUUGUUAUAACUGAGGAAGAUGAUGAGGUUAAUUUUUAUUAUAAAAAAACUCAACUGUGUGCGUCUGUGAUUUCCUGCAGUGAGUGGUGCGAUCAUGAGACUGACAUGGAAGUCUAUGGACAAGAUGAGAUGUUUCAGGAAACGAUCCUUGUUCCCGUUCCUCAGCUUCUUAAUCGUCUUUCUGUUGUUCUUCAACCUCUUCAUGGAUGGUGGUUAUGUUCUGGAGGCUGAAAAAACACAAGCAGCAGAGAUGCUGAUGCAUUCUGCCAACUCUGAGAGAUACGUUCACACGUUCAGAGACCGGUCCAAUUUCUCUGGGACCAUUAACGUAACUUAUCGCUAUCUUGCAGGGAUUCCACUGCCACGAAAAAAGUAUCUUACAAUUGGUCUGUCAUCUGUCAAGAGGAAAAAGGGCAAUUACCUUCUAGAAACCAUCAAAUCCAUCUUUGAUCAGUCCAGUUAUGAAGAACUGAAAGAGAUCGUGGUCGUAGUCCACCUGGCAGACUUUGACGUCAUCUGGUGUGAGAACCUGGUGCAGGAAAUCACCAGAAAGUUUGCGCACCACAUCAUAGCUGGACGCCUCCUGGUGAUCCAGGCUCCGAAGGAGUACUAUCCGUCUCUGGAGGGUUUAAAAAGGAACUACAACGACCCGGAGGACCGGGUCCGUUUCCGCUCUAAGCAGAAUGUCGACUAUGCGUUCCUUCUCAACUUCUGCACCAACCUCUCCGACUUCUACAUGAUGUUGGAGGACGAUGUGCGCUGCUCCAGGAACUUCCUGACAGCGCUGAAGAAGGUGAUCACGUCCAGAGAAGGCUCCUAUUGGGUGACCCUGGAGUUUUCAAAGCUCGGCUACAUUGGCAAGCUGUACAAUUCCAGAGACCUGCCUCGUUUGGCCCACUUCCUUCUCAUGUUCUACCAGGAAAUGCCCUGCGACUGGCUCCUCAUCCACUUCAGAGGGCUCCUGGCCCAGAAGGAUGUGAUCCGAUUUAAGCCCUCACUUUUCCAACACAUGGGCUACUACUCCUCCUACAAAGGUGCAGAAAACAAACUAAAAGACGACGAUUUUGAGGAAGAUUCUGUAGACAUACCUGACAACCCUCCUGCCAGUAUUUACACAAACAUUAACAUCUUUGAAACCUAUGACACUAGCAAAGCCUACAGCAGUAUUGCUGAUGAGUAUUUCUGGGGGAAACCACCGUGCACUGGAGAUUUCUUCAUGAUCAUCUUCAAUAAACCGGCUAAAAUUAGUCGAAUCAAAAUUGUUACCGGUUCAGAUGAUCGUCAGAAUGACAUGCUUCAUCACGGGGCUCUGGAGGUGGGGCAGAGGUCUGUGGACACCAAACAUGGAAGGCAGUGCACGUCCUACAUCACGCUGGGGGAGUUUAAAGGUGGACACAUCGAGGUAAACAAUGUGGACCACAAGAUUGGCUUCGACAUCGAAUGCGUGCGAAUUGUAGUUACUGCCAAUCAAAGAGAAUGGCUUAUCAUAAGAACUAUAAGUUUGUGGACCAUGCAGCCCGCCAGUCAAUUAAAGGAGUAACACGAGAGGUUUGUAAUUUAACACGUGUCUGUACAGUUUUAAUAUUUUAUACUGCAUCUUCAAAUUAUAUUUCACUUCUAUCCUUUACUGAAUUCAGUACAAUCCAGAUUUUCUGGCGUUGUUCUUUCAUCUACUGUAUGUGAAAUAUUCAAAUGAGCAGGUGCACAGUGUGAAGCCUUUUUACAUGUGUUUGUUUUCAGAAAAAUCUGUAUAUAAAGUUGUUAAUACCUGGCUGGUGGUAUGUGUCCUUCUUCCAAGCUAAUUUUUAUAGAAAUUAUAAAUUAAUUCACCAGUCAUACUUUUCUUGUAGAUUCUGACUGAUAUUUUAUAAAGACUGGUUCCAGCUUUUUGUCUUACCUCCUACACUGAAGUCUGCUGUCUGGUGCAAUUAACAGAUAGCAGGCUGUGUUGUUUAUGAAUUUUAAAAAUGAAGGUAAAUUUCAUUCAUCUUUGUGUCAUCUAAAAUGUAAAAAAAAAAUAUGUAUAUUCUCUGACUGAGGAAUUGAGCAGCUCAUUUCCAGAAAGCUAGAGUCUAGGUAAAAAAGACAGAUAACCAAGUAGAAUUGAAUAGAACUUUAUUGUCGUUGAGAAGACACCAAACACUUCAUGAAAUAAAAUUCUACUGCAGUUAUGCAAAAUAAUGAUUAAAUAGUCACACAUAAAAACAGUAGAUGGAAAUGUAAAUUAUAACUGUUAAAUUAAUGGCAUAAAUAAAUAUGUAAUA